AUGUCUGCCGACAAGGAAUUCACCUACUCCGACGUCUCGGAGCACAACACCAAGAAGGACCUAUACAUCGUCGUCCACGACAAGGUCUACAACGCAUCGAGCUUCGUAGACGAGCACCCAGGUGGUGAAGAGGUUCUUCUCGAUGUCGGAGGCCAGGACUCAACAGAAGCCUUUGAGGACGUUGGUCACUCGGAUGAAGCCCGUGAGAUUCUCGAUGGGCUGCUUGUUGGAAACUUGAAGCGUCAGGAGGGCGACCCAAAGCCCAAGAGCUACGCGCAACCCGGUACAACCGCUACCACCACCGACGGCGCAUCCACUGGUGUCGGUCUCUACGCUAUCAUCCUACUUGGCGGUGCGCUCGCAUUCGCUGCCUACACUAUGAUGAACAAGCAGUCUUCUGAGUAA